CACCUACGACUGGUGCCAGAAGUGAAGGAUAUUUUUGGAUAUUAAUUAAAUACAACAUCCCUUGUCUUCAGUGGUGUGUCUCUCCAUUCGCAGUGUUGCUCAGUUGUGAACAGUUCUUCUUUAAGAGUGACAGUUCCUCUGCAUCUCUCCUUCCACUUGAAUCUCAAGCUUUUUUCUGCAUAUCGUUUGCAACAGUUUUUUAUACUAAACUUUUACUAAUAGUUGUGUUUUUGGCACACAAUCUCCUAAAUUCAUAACAAAUGGCAUCGCGUGGAGCCAACUAUGGUCUCAGUGCUCAAGUGGCCAACAAAAUCGCCGGUAAAAGAGAUGCUCAGCUCGAGUCUGAAGUCUUAGGUUGGAUUGAAGCAGUUCUUGGAGAGAGACUGCCCGCCGGUUCCUUUGAGGAUGUUCUUCGCGAUGGAACUAUUCUUUGCAGAUUGAUGAAUAAGCUAAAGCCGGGAACCAUUCAAAAAGUCAACACACAAGGCGGUCAGUUUAAGAUGAUGGAGAAUAUCAACAAAUUUCAGACCGCUAUCAGAAACUAUGGCGUUCCAGACAUUGAUGUUUUCCAAACAGUAGAUCUUUACGAAAGAAGAAAUAUACCACAAGUGACACAAAGUAUUAUGGCUUUGGGACGAACCUGUUAUUUGCACCCCGAAUGGCCGGGACCAUUCCUCGGACCGAAACCGGCCGACGAAAACAAGAGGAACUUUAGCGAAGAGCAGUUGCGCGCCGGCGAGAGUGUCAUUAAUCUACAGUACGGCACAAACAAAGGCGCCAACGCUAGUGGUAUUAAUUUCGGUAACACCAGACACAUGUAGAUCACAAGUGGUGACCACAUUUGGGACGGAGGGAGAGAGACACUACACAACAACCAACCAACCAGUCCUCACAAAUGCUCCAUAAAAAUUCAAUUUAAUUGCAGAUAAUUUAUUAUAAUUAUUUUACUUCUUAAAUUAUUAUUAUUAUUUUAAAUUAACACAUUUUAAAUUAUUAUUAUUAUAUUAUUUUGAAAACCAAAAUAAAUUAUAAUAUAACUUAUAAUAAUAACAACCAAACAAUUUGAUGGUCACACACUGUUUUAACUACUAUUUUAUUUUUCAUUACUAUACAUAUAAAUUUAAUUUUAUGCCUAAUAU